AUGCCUCGGAUAAUGCUACCCGCUUCACCGCCUCCUGGUGGUGCAUUAUCAGCGUUGGCGAGCGUCUUAACAACUGUCUCAGGAAGAAUUGGUGGUGUGAUGGCGAAAGGAAAAGCGAUGCAGGCAAAAAUGAGAGCGAACAAAGUCGCUCCCAUUGAGUCAAAGAAGAUUGAUAGAUUACCUGCUACAUUGCUCGUAGUGCUUGGUGGAAUGUCUCGAGGUGGUUUCACGAUGUGGGAACCACUUCCCCAAUCGUGGAAUGAGUGGUUCGGUCACCAUCUCUUCUAUUACGCCAUUUGUAUCUACGAUGUGGCACUUCUCAUCUUCUUGACAGCCUUGGCUCGUGGACUGAUGACUUUUAGCAAGGUGCUGGUCCGUGCUCACUACCUGUUCUGUUAUGUGUCCUUAGCAGUAAAUACGAUCUUUUUGGCCUUCUCCAUAUGGACUCUCACGAAACCAGGUCCAUUCACAUGGAAUGCAACCAACUGUCUGCUGGUAUUUUGCUUUGCGAUGCAAAUUCCACUGCAAUUAUGGGCUCUGACCGUGGUGAAAAGUUGUCAGGAUUUCUUUGCACUCAUUCAUGUCUUUGUUGCGUUGGCUGAGGCGUGA